ACUAUAUGAUCAUAGAAGAAGGAUUCUUGGUUUUGCUUUUCAAAAACUCUGAUAUUUAUAACACAAAAAAGAAAUUUUUUUCAGACUGCACAAACUCCAAUACUUAUUCGUCCAGGUUUUGUUACACCUGGUCCAAAUGUUGAUUUAUUUUAUGAAAUAAUGCAAGAUCGUUUUCGUGGUGUUGAUGCAUCUAUUGCUGGUCAAGUAUCAAAUGCAUCACAAUAUACAAAACAAAAAAUGCAUCAUAAACCAACAACAACAACAACAUCACAAAUGAAACCUGCUGAUAAUGAUAGUGAUGUUGAUAUUAAAUCAAAUUCAUCAUUUUGGUCCGAUGAAGAAGAAGAACAAAUUAUAGAUGAUAAUCAACGAAAAACAAUACCAAAUCAAAAAAAAUUAUCACGUUAUUUAUCAACAGUUAAUCGUUCAUUACUUGAUCGUCCAAGUGAUCUUAUUACUGAUUUUUAUAUAUCACAAUUAAAUCAUAGUAUGCAAGAAAGUGUACGACAUGUUGAAACAAUUGCACGUGAUAAAGCACUUAUGAGACAAGAUCGUAAUAGAGAAUUUAUUGAUGAGACAACUAAUAAAUUAGGUCGUAGUUUAUCAGCUGAACAUUUAUAUCAAGUACGAAAAGAACAUUUACGUUAUAAACAACCAUUUACAACACCAACAUCAUUUACAGUUGAAGAUGUUGCUGAUAUUUAUAAACCAUUUGUUUUGGAAAAUUAUAAACGAAAAAUUGCUAUUGAAGUUGAAAGACGUCGAAGAGAAAAACAAGGACAAUUGAUGGCUGGUAUGAGAUACUUUUGUUUUUCUGUUUUUUGA